GACAGAAGCGGCGUUUGCGGUUGCAUUGCAGUGCAGUUUGUUUAUUGUUUAUUUUAUUAUUUUACAAGCGUUAAAGUGAUAAAACUAAGUAAACAUGUCUUCGUCGGACUCCGAAGACGAUUGUUACGGAAACGUAGCACAGAAGCUUCAGUCACUGAAUAACCAUUAUAAAGAAGACCAUAUAGAAUGCACUAACCUCCUGAACGAAUCUUGCGAGCUGGAUGAAAUCGUGAAAAACAACAAAAUACACCCUAAACCACCAAGAAACGAUGCUGGGGACACUUCUUCAACCUCUUUAGGCGACGUAAGUCUGGAUUUAGGCGAAAUUAGUGCACCGGGGCCGCCUAAACGAAUGACCCGAGCAAGGGCUAGAAAGUCGGGUACCGAUGCCCCAGUUGUAGCAGAAGCGCCUCCAACAAGAGGUAGGAGAGGCAGAGGACGGGCAGCAAGCCGCCCCGCCACCCCCAGGGGCAGGGGGAGGGGCAGGAACUCAAACCCCACUGAUGUAACUACUUUAAAUGCUACAGUUACCGCGCCCGCACAGCCAAACCCCCCCGCACCUCGUGGCAGGUCCCCGCGCGGCGGCCGCGGGCGGCGCCAAGCCCGUGACCACAUCAACAACAUGAUAAACACGAUGUAUCCUAUCUACAGCAUUGGCAACACUCAUGAGUAUCCCGACCAAUCAGAGACGCAGGAACUGUUCACAAGUAAACCAAGAGUUUCAAGCGAUGUAGUGCUCAUUGAAGAUGAGAACGAUCUGGAUGAUAAUGAGGAGCUGUCCGUUAAAGUUUACUGGCAAAGCUCAGAGUUCUUCAAAUUCACGAUACGUAAGUUCCAAAAGUUAACGCAGGUGUUUGAGUACUUCUCUAAUAAAGAGAGUGUAAGCUUUGACAAAUUAUUGUUUACAUACAAAGACCGGAUCCUGAAGCCUGAUGACACACCGGAGUCUAUAGAUUACAGAAUCAGCAAGUUUAUUGACGGCGGGAUAGUCAAUAGUAGUGUAACGAAAUUAGUGAAAAACAAUUCUCAGGACCAUGUCAAAGAUGGUAUUAAAGUAAAGUUCCAGUGUCAAAAUAUGAAGAAACCUUUAGAAAUGACAAUAAGUCUGGAUGAGAAGCUAUCCUUGCCAAUGCUAAAGUGUGCUGAGCAUUUAGAAAAGCCAUUGGACAAAUUGCGGUUCAUAUUUGACGGUGACAACCUGAGUGCUAAGGACACUCCGAGAGACCUAGACUUUGAAGGUGAUGAGUGUAUUGAUGUGAAAAUAUUGAGUUGAUAACUGACUUUUUUUAUUAAAAAGUAAGUAUUUUACAUUUGUACAAAAUCAUUCCAGAUAUUUGUAUUUUUGUUAUGAAUUCUUUUACAAUGCCUUAUGAGAUUGUAUGUUAUUUAUUGUUUAAAAUAUAAAUUGAAAUGAUUCAAAAAAGAUA